UCGUGCCUUGUUUGAGGUAUCUUGUAAGAUGGCGGGUCCAAAUUCGGUCGUAGUGCCGCGGAACUUCAGGCUCCUGGAAGAGCUUGAGAAGGGCGAGAAGGGCAUAGGGGAUGGCACAGUAAGCUAUGGAAUGGAAGACGGUGACGACGUGUACAUGAGGAACUGGACAGGCACCAUCAUUGGCCCAAGCAAUACUGUUCACGAUGGAAGGAUCUACAAUCUCAAACUUACAUGCGGUCCAGAUUACCCUGAGAAGGCACCAAAGGUGAGAUUUUCCACUAGGAUCAACAUGAGCUGCGUCGCAUCAGAUGGAUCGAUUGAUCCCAGGCACUUCCCCGCCUUGGGGCACUGGAACCGAUCGCACACAAUGGAGACCGUCCUCACAGAGCUGCGAAGAGAGAUGACGGCGCCGCACAAUAGGAAGCUGCACCAACCACCAGAGGGGAGCCAUUACUAAUAGUAUUACUAGUUAAGAAUGCGGGUGGGAUGGUGUCUAGUUGUAAAGGUAUUCCCCAAAGCAGUAUCGGAACCUGGGAUCUGCCAGAGUUAUGCUGAAAUUUUCACCUGUACAUGUACAGGAACAAGAGGACCAUCUGGAUCCUGCUGGUAUGAGGUCAUAUUAGGUAUGAUUUACUGAGAUGUUCGAUUGGAGCAGCAAUGCGUCCUGGCGGAACUUGAAAUGUUUGCACGGUGUGCCAAGGUGGAUGUGUGUACUAUCUGCACGGAAGCAAGUGUGAACAGUGCAAUGAAGGAGGUCAGAGGACAGUUGGACUAGCAUUGACACAGCUCAAGAACCUUUGCCGCAGACAUAUCUGCCGUAGACCGGCAGAUGAUUGGUUUGUGCCCAAGACACGGUCGGCAUGCAAAAGCUCAAGCAGAACUUCAAGCAGCAGAGCGCAGCCCUCCUCUGAUGCAUCUGCAUAUCCGCAAUUGAUGGAUAUACAUCUCUGUUGUUCAAAGUCCAAGCCUGAGGAGCCUCCAGGACCUGUACAAUUCAUUGGCGAUC